CCCCAUCAGUGUGGUAUAUCUCUUCUGGUCAGCAUCAGCAUCUUAUGCAGCCAGGAGCAAUCAUGUCGAGGUCUUUCUACGUAGACUCUUUGAUUAUCAAGGAUCCUGUGCGCCCUGCUCUGAGCGAGCAUACGGGUCAAGAUUUUCUCAUCCCUAUCAGUAUGCACUCUCCCGGCGUGAUGAGCGUGACUGCACCUGUUUGCUCGUCCCGGAAGACCGGCACUUUCUGUGUCUGCCCGCUCUGCGUCACCUCGCAUAUCCACUCUCACCGGAGCGGACUCCCACUACUGAAGGGACAGGGCUUCUCCGCCGGUGACGUGACUUUCUGUCAGAGGGUAGCACACCAACAGAGCCCCGCUUUAGCGCACCCGGGACACGGACACGCGCAGGUCUGCACGCCCACAAGCUACAGCGUCACUGACCCUCGGAGGUAUCACUGUCUCUCUCUAGGUGCGUCUGAUAACAGUCACAUGCAGAACGGCAAACGGAUGCGCACCGCCUUCACCAGCACUCAGCUGCUUGAGUUGGAGCGCGAAUUCUCAUCUAACAUGUACCUGUCGCGCUUACGCAGGAUCGAAAUCGCAACGUAUUUAAACUUGUCAGAGAAACAGGUAAAAAUAUGGUUCCAAAACCGCCGAGUUAAACACAAGAAAGAAGGCAAAGGUACACAGCGAAGUGCGCAUGCAGGAUGCAAAUGCUCAGGGAAUCACACACACUAUCCGCGCUCAGAAGACGAGGAAUCCCUGUCACCUGUCUCAGUCACAGAGGAAAAGCAGACUUCGCCCAUUUAG